ACAUGUCCUCUGAUUGCACUUUAAUGUUGUAGUUUACUACAUUUGGAUAAACUGACUUGUUUGAGGAAGCAAUAUAGUCGUGACCAAUCUAUAAUAAAACAGUAAAACAUUAUUUGCGAUUGAGAAAUAAUAUUAGAAUCGUCAUUCAUAAAUACACCACGGGGUCAAUCAAAAGUUGGAGUACACCUGCUUGAAACCUUAACGAUGUUUUAGACUGAACACACUUUUCUUUUAACGAGUGACAGUAUUUAAAAAUGUAAUCAGCGAAGAUGAUGAGAGCAGUUCUGCGACUAUUUCCCACUCUCAUGCAUGUAAGAGGCAGUGUCGUGAUCUUUACUAAAUCCAUAACAUAGCAUACGUAAAGGCUUGUCAUUCCAACGGGAUUAAGACUAGUUGGACAGUCCGUUCAUUACGAAGGCCCUACGGAUCAUGGCCAGUGUGUGGAAGGAGAUCCGAGCAGCUCUGCCUCCAACCGAGGCAGACUUUCCUCUGCACUUCAGUGAGAAGGUGGAGCGCAGUGUGGUGAAGGUGCUGGAGCAGGCCAGGCUGCAGCUCUACGGCACCGGGAGCACCUAUCUCCUUCAGCACACCGCCCAGACCAUCUUGGACUUCUCUUGGGAGAGGCUCAACAUCGGGACCUGGAGGGAUGUGGACAAGGAGUGGCGGAGGGUGUACGCCUACGGCUGCCUGUUCAAGGUGGCGGCACUGUGCUGUGCGGAGCCCGGCGAGGCGGAGGUCUGCGAGGCCAUCAGGACGUGCGACAUGGGUCUGCUGAUGGGGGCCUCCAUCAUGGAGGACGUGCUUCAGACGAUGGUGGUGAUCUUGCAGCGCAGGCUGAGGCGGGGGUGUUCAGAGCAGGCAAACGCUGCCGAGGGGCCCAGUGCAAAGAGACUGAAGGAGAGCUGCGUUCUUGUACCUGCAAUCAGUCCGGCUAAGGAAGUCCCCAGGACAAAGUGUCUGCCUUUAGAUCGCUUCCGGGUGGAUUACCUGACUCAGCAGAAGCCAGUGAUCUUAGAGGGCGCCAUAGACCACUGGCCUGCAUUUAAUGACCACAAAUGGAGCAUAGAGUACCUGCGCAAGGUAGCAGGCUGUCGGACUGUCCCGGUUGAAGUGGGCUCCCGUUACACAGAUGAGGACUGGUCACAGAAGCUCAUCACCGUAAGCGCCUUCAUAGACCGCUACAUACUUGGAAAGGAGGAAGGAGAUGGUGUCGGGUACCUGGCCCAGCAUCAGCUCUUCGAUCAGAUCCCGGAAUUGAAGGCUGAUAUCAGUAUCCCUGACUACUGCUGCCUGGGGGAGGGAGAUGAGGAUGACAUCACAAUCAACGCCUGGUUUGGCCCGGCGGGGACCAUCUCCCCUCUACACCACGAUCCCCAGCACAACCUUCUGGCUCAGGUGGUGGGAAGCAAGUACAUCCGGCUCUACUCUCCAGAGGACAGCAGGAAGCUGUACGCCCAUCAGUCUCAGCUACUGCACAACACCAGCCAGGUGGACGUGGAGAGCCCGGAUAAUGGCCGCUUCCCGCUGUUUGGAGAGGUCCCCUACCAAGAGUGCCUGCUGCAGCCAGGGGACAUGCUCUUCAUCCCUGCUCGUCACUGGCACUACGUGCGUUCCCUCCAGCUCAGCUUCUCUGUCAGCUUUUGGUGGUCCUGACAUCAAGUGCAAUCCAAGCUUCUGGGUAAACGUCUGAAGCUGUGAAUUCCAGGAACACUUUUAGAAGUCAGUUUCUUUGCACAAUAUGUAUUUUUUUCUUAAAAUUUCCAGCUCCAGCUGGAGUACAUACAUAAUGUCUGCUUGUUUAUUUGGUUGAACUUUUAUCACUUCUAGCAACAUUUUUCGUCAGAUUAGCACACCACUGUUUGUGGCCCAAACCAUCAGCAGCAGGCCAUUGCAGAACAUCAGAAGUUGAACAGUUCAUCUGAUGGCUUUAUGGGGAAGUGGGAAAGUUGCUCACAGAUCUAGCGAACAGCAACAUGCAUCUACAAGAAGCCUCCCAUGCUUCAGAAAAGGAGUGUUUGUGGUAACUGUAGAAUAACCCAGGAAAGCCUCAUGCAAAGUGCUGGAAAUUUAACAAGUGUGUAACCCAAUAUAAAUAUUCCAUACUCAGAUUAGCAAUUCGACACAUUUAAAUAAUCCACUGAACUACAAGAAAUGUUUAUGCAAACAGCCUUUUAUUAAAACCAAGCUUUAAAAAAAGUACAGUUAAAUUUCGAAAAUACAAAACCGUGCAAAGGGAACGUCGAGAAAGUCUUCUUCAUAUAUUUGCUUGUCUAGACAGACACCCUGUGGAACACUUCCAAUCUUUAUCUGGAAUCAGUGAGGAACUAAUAUUUACAAAUGAAAAAUGGACAGGUUCAGACAUGAUAACCAUGAGCUAAUGAUAAAAUAACAAAGUUGGUGUUAGAUUUGCAGGAGAUGAACGUGAAGCGCUAUCUUCUUCGACGAGAAUGCGAAGUUGAAGGAGUUGGAGUAGUGUUCUCCAUCUCCGAAGGUACCUGAGAUGUAUUCCUGAUCUCUGAAUCACAAGCACACCUCAAAGUCAAUCCUCAGAAGUAACUACAGUUAUUUCUAGUAAUGAUGCAGAAUUUUGUCCAAAUAAACAUUUUACAAUACUUAAGCCUAAUUUUUAACUAGCACUAGCAGCACUCAUGCAAAAACAGUAGACUCUUAUCUAACAUAUGUAAAGAAAAUCUUGGAAAGGGACAGUCAUCAAAAUUGCACAGCUUACUAAAUUAUGUUGCCAGUGAUACAGUGAAAAUGUUUUCGUGAAACUUAUUGGUGGUCUCAGCCCAGUGGAAUAUCAGGGUGCCUGCCAUGUGCUGAUUGCAUGUGCAUAACGUGAUGUCGACAUUAACAUAUGCAUGAUAUGUACAAACCAGCUCACUGUAAAUAUCGAUAUUGUCAUCAGCCCUUAAUUUCUUUAUCAGUCAGACACUAAUACCAACAUGCUUAGCCCUUCUAAAGAGUCACAUUAACCACAAAUUCAGCAUUACACAGUAUUAUGUGGCCUUUUUGCCUCUGCAUGAUCAUUUAUUUUUCUAGAAGUAACCACUGAAAAAUUAAUAAAGGACCGAUCUAGUGUGUAAAAUCUCA